UUUCUGAAAUUGAAUAAAAAAUAUAAUUAGCAAUACAAGAAGUUGGAUAGAAUAAUUCUUUGCAUUUUUAAACCAUAACCGAAGUUGGCAACACCAAAUUUCAAUUUGUUUUAUUGGUUCAUUUUAUCGUCUGUUUCAAAGGAAAGUCAACAGUUGAGAAUGGCUGACAGAGUUUGUGCAAAGUUUGUUUCAAAAAAGAUCCGUAAAGUGCGUUGGCAACCCCCGGUUACAUUUGGACGUCACAACCCAGAAUGUUUUGUCACCGGUAGCUGGGAUGACGAGCAAAAUGAGGUAUCGUUUUGGAAUACUAUUCAACCAAAUGAGCAGAAUAUUGAUCCUGUCUUGGUGUCUACUGUUCCUGUUUCUGGGGAUGUGAAUGAUAUAGCUUUCUAUGACACAUCCACCUUCUUUGUGGCCUUGGGCAAUGGUUCUAUUGCAAUGAUGAGAAGUACAAAAGCUCCUGCUACAGGUGUUCUUUGCCAAUCUCCUGAGAUAGCAUCUAUUGGAGAGGAUGAUGCUGAUAGCUGCAGCUUGAAUGCUGCUGUUUUCACUUCUCAAAACGAGAUUUUCACCGGUAACUCGAGGGGUAUGAUCAAACUGUGGGAUUUGCGAUCAAUAUCGGAGAAGCCAAUACUGUCAACCUCACUUUCCGAAGAUUCCGAGGUCGGUGUAACAAGUAUGGACAGACAUCCGUUUCAAGGACACAUAGUUGCUGUAGGUGGCUAUGAUGGAAUGCUCACUGUAUAUGAUAUGCGCAAAGCUCAGACACCAGUAACCGUUAUGGAAGCUUCGGACAAUUGCCUGAACGAUUUGCGCUUUCACCCAGAACGAGCAGAUCAUCUUUUUACCGCUAGUGAAUCAGGAGCCGUGUGGCAUUGGAUGUACCUAGAAGUUCGCAACACUUCCUCAGCCCAAUUCUCGGAGACGGAUUGUUCCACGCUUUUAUUGAAAAUUGAUUCUGCCCUGCAUUAUGUGUGGGAACAAUUGCAUACUGGCCAAUGGAAGGAUGUUGAUCCAGAGUGGAGAAAAUUGUACUCAUAUGUUUCACUUUUCAAAGCACUUCUUUGCCUAGAACUUGGUAAAGAUGAAGGUUCAGGUUUAGUUAAUGCCAUUGCUGCAUGUGAUAUGGGUCUCAUCAUGGGAGAGCCAAUAUUAGAUGGUUUGCUAAGCAAUAUAGCUGACAUCCUUAAUGAAAAGUUAUGGAUGUUGUCAGAGACCAAAAGAGCCAUUCAAGAGAACCAAAAGGAACAUGAAGACAGCAAUGGGUGCUACCCACAAAUGAACAAAGAAAAUUUUGUAGAGACUGUCCAUGUACCUAGCAUAGAAACAUUUCUGCUAGACAUCAUGGACAAAAAGCCUGUAGUCAUCACAGGUGUGAUGGACUCUUGGCCAGCAAUGUCGGAAUCGCGGUGGAGCGUUGAUUACUUAAGGAAAGUCGCUGGGUAUCGAACUGUACCUAUUGAAAUUGGUUCAAAGUAUACCGACGAUGCCUGGUCCCAAUCUCUCACAACCGUGAACGAGUUCAUUGACAAUUAUAUUUUGACUUCAAACGCCACAGCAGGAUAUUUGGCACAAUAUCAACUCUUCCAGCAAAUUCCACAAUUAAAAAAAGACAUUCUUGUUCCAGAUUAUUGCUACUUAGGUACUUGUGACGAAAUCCAAGUGAAUGCAUGGUUUGGUCCACGUGGAACAAUCUCGCCCCUUCACUAUGAUCCUGACCACAACUUCCUUAGUCAAGUUGUUGGUUCGAAAUAUAUUCGCCUAUACAGUGAAGAAGUGACUUCGUCUCUUUAUCCACACGAACAGGAUCUACUUUUCAAUACUAGUCAAGUGGAUGUUGAGCAUCCAGACUUAGAACAUUUUCCUCUUUUCCCCUCUGCGCCCUAUCUUGAAACGAUCUUGGAGUCUGGAAGCAUGCUCUAUUUACCUCCUCGUAUGUGGCAUUAUGUUCGAUCUUUGAGUACGAGUUUCUCUGCAAAGCACAAAUUUGACGAUUCCACGAAGAUCAAGGCAAGUGAUCUGUUGAACGAAAGUGAUGGUGACUUUAGUCUUAAAAAAUAUUUCCGCUCUUAUCGUGAAAUUUUCAAAACGCUCGAAGACAAUGAAGAACUCAACGAUUGCAUCAUUGGAACUAAUAUCGGCUUUGAUGAGAAUGAUCUCAUGCUGAACGGGAUCGAAUUAGUAAGUUUAAAAAAUCGAGAUCCGAUUCUAGCUUUUAAUUCCAAGCAAAAGUCUGGCAGCACAAUACCGGUACGCUAUAAGUUACAAAUCAUGCAAGGGACGACCAAUUUGUACGAAAAACUAGAAGAAACCUCAGACAUGCAUUGUUUAGCCCACGAACUAUUGAAAUAUGGCAACAAAAAGCAAAAACUCGAACUCAGAUGUGAUAUGUUUAAAAGAUAUCACUUUGUUUUAGUUGAAGAAAAAGUAUUAGACCUCAGUUCGAAAACAUUCCAUCAAAAUUUCAUCGACAAUGUGAAAGACCUUUCACCGAACGCAAAAAAAUUCCGUAAAAUACUUAGCGAUUGCCAAGGAGGCAGUGACUGGAACACAAUGAAAUUUGAAUUGAGUAAAAAUUUUGGCAAAAGGCAAAAUGAACAAAGUGAACUAACCAGUGACCCUGUGAAUAAGGAAGAAAUUGAAAAUUUUCUCGACAAACUUGUUUUUGCCGUCAAUUUACCUAACGAAAAACAAUUGGAUUGCAUUAUACGAACUGAAAUGGGAAUAGAUUUUAAUGUACUGGAUAGUCGAGCUGUGUCAAAUGAGCUCUUAAUAAAACUGCUGAAUUGGUUUAAAGAGAAAUCUGCAACUACACUAUCGAGUGCAAAAGCUAAAUUACUUCUAAAGCAAACAAAAGAAAUGAUGAAGUCGCUGCGCGCAACCGGUGCUUCCAUCGAUUACCGUAACCGGCUCUGCAAAUACAUGAAAUUCAACCAAGAUGCAAUCGACAACAUGACCGAAAAACUUAAACCUUUUCUCUAUCUCCCAACCCUACAGAAGAAAGUGCUGCGCAUUGCAACCGACUCGCCGAAAUGCACCGCCAUAAAAAUCGUCCAGUCGCUGAAGCAAUUAAGUGAUUUCAAGAAAGAUGACAGCUAUUUGAUUGUGCAAAGCAAAAAUUUGCGUGAAGAAAGGGAAAUAGUUCGAAUGAGAAAUAUUUUGAGAGCUAAGAGAUUGCAUUAUUUACUAGUUGUUGUUUGCAAUGAUAAUGAUACCGAGCAAAAAUGGCAGGAAUUGAUUCCUGAAAAUCGUAAAUCGAAAAGAAUCAUUAUCGUUGAAACUAACAUUGGUAAAGCUAGUAUGCAAGAUAAGUUUUGUUUUCGCGAUUUAAACAGAAAAACAAAGGAGAAAUUGCAAUCAAAAUGCGUACAGUUUCAAGGGUCUCAGAUGAAAGUAGAGACUCUUUUGGACAAAAGUUCCGAACUUAAUGCCAUCAUCAACUUGACGAGCUUUCAAGAACUGAGGAGUGGGACAAUCGUGAAAAUCCCAGCACCCAUAACACCUCUUUCCCCAGAAUUAACACCUCUUUCCCCGGAAUUUCCCUACAUCGAGAGACAACUGGAAUUUUCUUCAUACCACGAAAAUUUUCAUAAUCAAUUAGCUCAAAAAUUGGGAAAGUCUUUGGAGCAGCUUACGCAAGAGUGCAGGAUUGAUCCAGCACUUUUGGGCAGUAUCGAGUGGUUUGUCAGUGACAACGAACGACUAAAUAUCUGGAAUAAAAUGAAAGAAAUUUUGAAGGAAAAUAGGACAUUGGCUUCAACCGUGAUUCGACAGGAGAAUCAUUUUGUUGAUAAAGAUUGGAAAAGCCAGAUCAUGAUUAUUUCUAGUGUAGCCGGAACGGGCAAGUCCACCAUACUGUUUCAUUAUUUCAACGUCAUCAAAUGCAACAGCCCAGAUCACUGGGUUAUCAAAAUUGACUUAGUGAGGCAUACCAAAGCUAUUUCGGGCACAACUUCAUUCGAUCGAAAGAAAGCUAUCAAAUUCUUACUCCAAUUACCUUGCAUUACCGGAACUAGUUCAUUUGCCAGAUCAAUGUUGAAACAUCGUUUAAAAGUUGCAGGCCGUGUCGUUCUCAUGUUGGAUGGUUUCGAUGAAAUCAGCAGCGCCUGCCAAGAUAGUAUAAUCCAAUUUAUUAAAGCCAUUUGUCAAACAAAAUUGGAGCGUCUCUACAUCACUACACGACCGCAUUUGAAAAGCAAACUAGAAGAUCAGUUGUUCCAGUUUGCUUUCCAUUUACAAAAUUUCAGUCAAAACGACCAAGUUAAUUACCUGACGACUUUAUGGAAGGCCAAGCUGAAAAUAAAUGACCCCCAUAAAGUGCAGACCAUCCAAAAAUUCGCAAACAGUCUAGUGUGCAGGAUUGCAGAAACUCUGAAAGAUAAAGAAAGAGAUUUUAUUGGAAUUCCUUUGCAGUGUCGUAUACUAGCUGAAUGUUAUCAAUUAGAGUUAGAAAAUGUUAUAAACAAUGGUAUUAGCAGCGAAAGUGAUUUCCUUGAUGCUAAUAUCAAAUUUAGUCUACCGGAAUUAUACCAUCGAUUCAUGGAAACAAAGCGUCAAAUAUUUCGAAAAGAGAAGGUGAAGAAUGCGUGGGAUGUGGAUUGUAUAACAGACGAUUCUAUUCAACAAUCGCUGCAAACGAUAGCAACUCGAUUGACGGGAUUGGCGAUAGAAACUAUCUUUACUAAUCCGGAGGAUGUUAAACUUCUAUGGCAAGACCCGGCCACUAACCAUCUUUCUGAAGAGGAACGCGAGUUGGAUGAAAAGAAAUUGGCUGAACUUUGCAUCCGCCAUGGGUUGGUCAAUGAAAACGAUGAAGGCGGUUUGCAGUUUCUACAUCGGACCUUUGCUGAAUAUUUAGUGGCAGUGUUUCUAUUCAAAGGAUUCAAUCUCGACGACCGCCAACAGAGUAAACUCCUUGAUUUGAUGGCUGUUUCUGGAUUUAUUGUCAACGACAUCCUAGCGAAAGUUGAGUACGAAGGAGUCAGGGUGUUUUUCGAUUGCAUGUUGCGUGAGAUUGUCGUGGAAAAAGAAAAAGAAUGGCAAGAUAUGAUUAACGAAAGCAGGCGCACACUAAAUCCUAAACGAUUACAAAAGUUUGCUCUUGGAUUUUCGAAAACCGAUGGAGCCAACUGGAUUGCAUCUACUUCGAAAUUAGACGAUAUGGAUUAUCCGCCACUAUCAGACUUGCAGUCUGGAAUAUUGUUCAAAGACAAACAUAUGACAUCGGAAGCCCUGUCUGUUUCUAUUGCAGAAGGCAAUGUGAAUAUUUUCAAAGUACUGUGGGGCUGCCUCAAGGCGACAAACGAAAAACAGGACGUACAGAAAAUAGCCUGCAACUUAAUGGCAAAUCCGAUCCAGAUUUCAGGUUUGGUAGCACUGACAUUUUUACUGACUUACUGGAUAUCUUGGAAGAUGUUAACGAUAAAAUUCUGGAAACGUUCUUUUGCGAAUGGUCAACGGAUGGAAUACUAUCACACAAGGGCAUGUUGA